AAAAAAUGGCGACAAUCACGUUGUUCGAUGUGGGUCUUGCUGCGUCAUUAAAACUAUUCACGUAAACACGGGAAUGAAACGCGCAAAAUGCAAAGUCUGGAUGCCAAGUCCGGGGGUGAUGGAGCUGGGUAGGCAACUGUGUGGGAAGAUGAGGAGGUCGAGGAGAGCCGAGGGCCCCAUCACUGUGCCCAUGAGGGGUCUGGAGAUCCAUUUUUACCUGCCAGAUAUGCCGCAGCUGGGAUUCCUCAAAGACAGCUUCACCGCUGAGGAACUAUGUGUCGAGGCCGCCACAAUAUGCUAUAUCUCCCCCCUGUGCCAUAAUCUGUUUGGUCUGUAUGAUGAGAGCAGGACUCUGUGGUACGCUCCCAACCACCUCUUCAAGAUCACGGACGAGACCUGCAUCAAGCUGCACUACCGCAUGAGGUUUUACUUCACUAACUGGCAUGGGACCAGUGAGAGUGAGUCUCCAGUGUGGAGACAUUGUAUCAGUAAACUGAGAGGAGGACUCAGCCCACAGAAGAUCCCAGAGGGUACACCCUUACUGGACUCUGCCUCCCUCGACUACUUGUUCUUCCAGGGCCAGAAUGAUUUCCAGAAGGGUCUGGCUGUGGUACGUAGCCAGCAGAGUGAGGCGGAGCAGCAUGAGAUAGAGAAUGAGUGUCUGGGCAUGGCUGUACUGGCCAUCACUCACUACGCUAUGACCAAAGAAAUACCUCUCUCUACUGCUUCCAAUGAGAUCAGCUACAAACGUUUUAUCCCGGAGAACCUGAACCGGAGCAUUAAACAGCGCAACAUCCUCACCCGGCUCCGCAUCAACAACGUCUUCAAGAACUUCCUGAAUGAGUUCAACAGUCGCACCAUGCAGGACAGCAACAUCACGCUGUACGACCUGAAGAUCAAGUACCUGUCCACCCUGGAAGGCCUCACCCGGGGCCUGGGGAGGGAGGUGUUGGAGCCCAGGGCCCUGGUACUUACCCAGGAGGGAGAGACAAACGGGGGGCUGAGCCAUGGACCUGAGCCCUCCCUGGCCAUAGAGGUCCAGGUUACUGGGACCACAGGGAUCUCCUACAGGAGGAAGCCCCCUAAUAAUACCCUGAUGCUGAAAGAGAAGACAAAGUCCAAGAAGAACAAGCUUGAGGGCAAACAGAAUAAGGACAAGAAGAGCGACGACUGGGUGACGUUCUGUGACUUUCACGAGAUCACACACAUCGUUAUCAAAGAGUCCUCUGUCACCAUCUUCAGACAGGAUAACAAGAAGAUGGAGGUGCAGCUGGAGUUUAGAGGCGAGGCGCUGGCGUUCGCUGCUCUGGUGGACGGGUAUUUCCGUCUGACGGUAGAUGCCCAUCACUACCUGUGUACAGAGGUGGCUCCUUCUUCUGUGGUGCAGAACCUACAGAACUGCUGUCAUGGACCUAUCUGUACGGAGUAUGCCAUCCAGAAGCUUCGUCAGGAGGGCAACGAGGAGGGAACCUACGUCCUGCGCUGGUCCUGUACUGACUACCGUAACAUCAUCAUGACCGUGGUCUGCAAAGAGUUGGAUCUGUGUGAGUCGAGGCAUGUGCAUCUGUAUAAGAACUUCCAGAUCGAGGUGGGUUCUGAGGGAUUCCGUCUGUUUGGGACCGAGACCUACAGAUCUUCUCUCAGAGAGCUCCUAGACCACCUGGCAAGACAGAACCUCCGUACGGACAACCUCCACUUCCAGCUCAAACGCUGCUGCCCCCCACAGCCCAGAGAGGUGUCCAACCUGCUGGUAGUAACUAAGGAACGAGUGCUGGUCCCCCAGACACCCCUGCAGGAGAGCCAACUCAGCUUCCACAGGAUCCUCAAGGAGGAGAUCUUACAGGGAGAGCACCUGGGGCUGGGUACCCGGACGAACAUCUAUGCUGGAGUACUGAAGGUGAAGAGUGCGGAGGAUGAGGAUGCUGGAUACUCUUCCUCUCAGGACGUCAAAGUAGUGCUGAAGGUGCUGGGGUCCGGACACAGGGACAUCUCUCUGGCCUUCUUUGAGACAGCCAGUAUGAUGCGGCAGGUCUCCCAUAAGCACAUCGCCCUGCUCUAUGGAGUCUGUGUACGCCACCUAGAGAAUAUCAUGGUGGAGGAGUUUGUCCAGUUCGGUCCGUUGGAUCUGCUCAUGCGAAGACAACACAGUCCUCUCGGUACACCAUGGAAGUUCCAGGUGGCCAAACAACUGGCCAGUGCUCUCAGCUACCUGGUAAGACAACACAGUCCUCUCGGUACACCAUGGAAGUUCCAGGUGGCCAAACAACUGGCCAGUGCUCUCAGCUACCUGGUAAGACAACACAGUCCUCUCGGUACACCAUGGAAGUUCCAGGUGGCCAAACAACUGGCCAGUGCUCUCAGCUACCUGGUAAGACAACACAGUCCUCUCGGUACACCAUGGAAGUUCCAGGUGGCCAAACAACUGGCCAGUGCUCUCAGCUACCUGGUAAGACAACACAGUCCUCUCGGUACACCAUGGAAGUUCCAGGUGGCCAAACAACUGGCCAGUGCUCUCAGCUACCUGGAGGAUAAGAAGCUGGUGCAUGGCUUUGUGUGUACCAAGAACAUCCUGCUGGCCAGAGACGGAGUGGACAGUGAGGGAGGACCCUUCAUCAAGCUCAGCGACCCCGGCAUACCCAUCACUGUGUUGACCAGAGAAGAGUGUGUGGACCGGAUCCCAUGGAUCGCUCCAGAGUGUGUGAAGGACUCUACCAACCUGAGUGUAGCGGCCGAUAAGUGGGGCUUCGGCACAACACUCUGGGAGAUCUGCUAUGACGGAGAAGUGCCCCUCAAAGACAAGAAACUCACUGAGAAGGAGAGGUUCUAUGCAGCGGAGUGCCAGUUGGCUACCCCAGACUGCAAAGAGCUGGCUGAACUGAUGACUCACUGCAUGACCUACGACCCCCACAAACGCCCCUUCUUCAGGGCCAUUGUCAGAGACAUAGACACGCUGGAGGAGCAGAACCCCUCUAUCAAGCCGGCGCCCAGUCAGGAGGUCGACCCCACUCUGUUCCAGAAGAGGUUCCUCAAGAGGAUCCGCGAUUUGGGGGAGGGUCACUUUGGCAAGGUGGAGCUGUGUCGGUACGACCCCAGAGGGGACCGGACAGGGGAGCUGGUAGCAGUGAAGAGUCUCAAACCAGAGAACAGGGAGGAGCAGAGCAACAACCUUUGGAGUGAGAUAGGAAUCCUUAAAGAACUCUACCACGAGAACAUCGUCAAGUACAAGGGCAUCUGCCAGGAGGAGGGAGGCAGAGCCAUCAAGUUGAUCAUGGAGUACCUGCCUGCUGGCAGUCUGAAGGAGUACCUGCCCCAUAACAGAGGACAGACCAGCCUGAAGACCCUGCUUAGCUACGCUGUCCAGAUCUGUCAGGGAAUGGACUAUCUGGGAUCUCGGAAUUACAUCCACCGGGAUCUGGCAGCCCGGAAUGUUCUGGUGGAGAACGAGAGCACGGUGAAGAUUGGAGACUUCGGCCUGACCAAGAGCAUCAAGGGCAACGAGGGAUAUUACACAGUCAAAGAUGACCUGGAAAGCCCUGUGUACUGGUAUGCCCCUGAGUGUUUGGUCCACUGUAAGUUCUACCUGGCCUCUGAUGUCUGGUCCUUCGGUGUCACCAUGUACGAGCUGCUCACCUACUGUGAGAACGCCAUCAGCCCCAUGCCGGUGUUCCUGAAGAUUAUUGGUCCUACUCGGGGCCAGAUGACAGUGACGCGAUUGGUCAAGGUGCUGGAGGAGGGGAAGAGGCUGCCCCGUCCUGAUAGUUGUCCUGGAACGGUGUAUGAGCUGAUGAGGAAGUGCUGGGAGAACACCCCCGCGAUGAGGAUCACUUUCAAGAGUCUCAUUGACGAGUUCACCCGCAUGCUCACCAACAGCAGCCUGUAAAACAUGGCAGCCUUACCUAUCACACAGACAAUCUCAGGAGUAAAGAGUGAAAGGUCAAGGGUCACAGACCAUGGUGACCUGGACUAAAAACCCACAUGUAUCGGAAUCAGUGCUUCAAGACACUUUAUUUCACACUGUCGCUGACUUCCACUAUAUUUUCACUUUUUGUUUUUUAAGAUGCUCUACUAUAGAUCACAUAAUAUAUGGAUGAAUACAUACAUUGCGUAUAGAAUGAAACACAUCCCAACACGUAGCUUUGACCCCUCACUGUAUGUGACACUGACCCUAGUCACGUUGACAGAUGAAUGAGCCCACUAGCCAACCACUGAGCCGUCGGCUGAUAUUCCACCUGGGAGCUACCGCAGUGUGACCUUUCACCUUUUUAUUAGAGCGCAUCAGCUCCGCCUUUUUCAUAUUGCUACAUGCAGUAUGUACUCUGUGUGUGGACUUGUAUCAUAAUCAUUCAACCCAGAGGGAGAGGGGUCCUUAGUUGGACCUGUGUAAGAUAGACCUUUUCUCUGUGAAGGAUCAUGGUAUAUGUGAGCUCCUUUGUGAGGGAUUGCUGCGGCCACUGUGAAGAUGACACUGUGAAAAAGCCAACCACAUGUAUUUAAGUGACCAGGAUUCUGACAUUCACACCCUGCCCCAUCGGACCAGGGACUGCAUGGAUCCAAGCCACCUCUCUGGGAGUGGUGAAAGAGGAGUGGGAUACAGGAUACUGUAGCAGUGGGUUGGAUUGCAUUAGGGAGAAUGGAUGGGUGAUGACAGUAUCAGUCAAGCCCAGACAGCUGCACCUCCCCUUUUUAAGACUGAACCUGUUGCAGCUCCUCUUUAAACGCAGAACCCUGGAUGGAAUACUGUAGAACCACCUCGGAACUAGAACCAGCCGAAUAACUUUCUCUCUGGUGUUUCUUUCAUCAUGCGAUGUUCCACGUUCUGUUGUCAACGCUCGUGCACGUAACGCUUGUGGUGGGGUCAGCAUGAAAGAAGAGUCUAUAAACAAUCUGAUUUGAGACCAGUUAACAGGUAAAACCACAGAAAUAGAAUUUGGGGUACAUGUUAUACCUGUGAGGGGACACUUGAGGGCAGUAUAGUGUUACAUAUUUUAAUCCCAAACUUUUCUGUACUCUGCUCAGAUUUCUAAACAGCUUAAGUAUAGCCAUAAUGUGUAUGUCAGAUAUUGCAUGUCUUUUAUUGAAUUUUUUUAUUUUUUUAUUCUACAGAAUGACAGAUUGUGUGUGUGGGUGUGUGGAUGGAUGGACAGAAGGAAGGAGACAAAAGAGAAACAUGCUGACUGCACCGGGCACGCGCAUGUGUGUGUACCAUCUGAACCAACUAUAUUAAUUUAGGGACAGGUCGAAACACAUGAACAUUUAGCUAGUUAGCUUGCUGGGAUAUAAAAAUUAGGUUGUUAUUUUACUGAAAUGCACAAGGUCCUUUUUUUCCCCUGGAUCUUUGUAGAAUUUUGACCCAUUUUGAGUCACACAAAAUCGUGUGUUCUCUACUCUGACAAUUAAUCCACAGAUAAAAUGGGACAUUUUGUUUGUUUCUGGUAAUCUGUCCUUCAGUCAGUCUUAUUCUUCCUAUUCAUCUUCUGUGGACUUUAUAAUGGCGAUUGGCAACCAACUUUAAGGUGCAUUACCACCACCAACUGGACUGGAGUGUGAACCUCAGUUCAGCUUUCUCACCCAUGUGGGUAUACAGUGCAUACGGACAGUAUUCAGACCCCUUGACAUUUUCCACAUUUUGUUACGUUACAGCCUUAUUCUAAAAUGGAUUCAAUCGUUUUUUCCCAUCAAUCCACACACACUACCCCAUAAUGACAGACAACAAAAAAAAGUUUAGAAAUUUUAGCAAAGUUAUUAAAAAUAAAAAGCUGUAUUCACAUUUACAUAACUAUUCAGACCCUUUCCUCAGUACUUUGUUGAAGCACCUUUGGCAGCUAUUACAGCAUUGAGUCUUGUUGGGUAUGACGCUACAAGCUUGGCACACCUGUAUUUGUGGAGUUUCUCCCAUUCUUCUCUGCAGAUCCUCUCAAGCUCUGUCAGGUUGGAUGGGGAGCGUUGCUGCACAGCUAUUUUCAAGUGUCUCUAGAGAUGUUCGAUGAGGUUCAAGUCCGGGCUCUGGCUGGGCCACUGAAGGACAUUCAGAGACUUGUCCCGAAGCCACUCCUGUGUUGUCUUGGCUGCGUGCUUGCGGGCAUUGUCCUGUUGGGAUGACCGCUCCAGAGCAAUGUUUCAUCAAGACUUGACACUUGGCAUUCAGGCCAAAGAGUUCAAUCUUGGUUUCAUCAAACAAGAGAAUCUUGUUUCUCAUGGUCUGAGAGUCUUUAGGUGGCUUUUGGCAAACUCCAAGCGGGCUAUCAUGUGCCUUUUACUGAGGAGUGGCUUCCAUCUGGCCACUCUACCAUAAAGGCCUGAUUGGUGGAGUGCUGCAGAGAUGGUUGUCCUUCUGGAAUGUUUUCCCAUCUCUACAGAGGAACUGGAGCUCCUUAAGAGUGACCAUCAGGGUCUUGGUCACCUCCUUGACCAAGACCCUUCUCCCCCGAUUGCUGUUUGGCCAGGCGGCCAGCUCUAAGAAGUAUUGGUGGUUCCAAACUUCUUCCAUUUAUUAAUGAUGGAGGCCAUUGUUUGGUACCCUUCCUCAGAUCUGUGCCUUAACACAAUCCUGUCUCUGAGCUCUAUGGAUAAUUCCUUCAAGCUAAUGGCUUGGUUUUUGCUCUGACAUGCACUGUCAACUGUGGGACCUUAUAUAGACAGGUGUGUGCCUUUCCAAAUCAUGUCGAAUUAAUUGAUUUUACCACAGGUGGAGUCCAAGUUGUAGAAACAUCUCCAGGAUGAUCAAUGGAAACAGGAUGCACCUGAGCUCAAUCUCAAGUCUCAUGGCAAAGGGUCUGUAUACUUAUAUUAAUAUAAGGUAUGUUUUUUAUGAAUUUGCAAACAUUUCUAAAAACUUGUUUUCACUUUGUCAUUAUAGGGUAUUGUGUGUAGAUUGAUGAGGAAAAACAUUUGAUCCAUUUUAGAAUGAGGCUGUAACGUGACAACAUUUUGAAAAAAGUAAAGGGGUCUGAAUACUUUCAGAAUGCACCGUAUGCUUCUAAAACCAAUGAGAAGAUGGGAGAGGCGGGAUUUUCAGCGUGUCAUGCGUCAAAUAGAACCAAGUUCUAUUUUAGUUUCUGGCUAUGCAGACACUUGUUGACUCGUGUGAGCAGUUUGGAUGAAAUGAUCCUAUUUAUUUUGCAACGCUUGUGCACGUAACGCGAACUGUGUGGUCAGCAUGAAAGAAGAGCCUAUAAAAAGGUCUGAUUAAAGACCAGUUAACAGGUAAAACCACAGAAAUAGAAAUUAGCGGAACAUAUAUAUUUCAUGAAAUGAAUGUGACCCAUCCAACAUGGCCUACACCACUUCCAGUAUCUUUACAGUAUGCAGACACAAACAGUAGCACUUGUUACAAUGGGAAAAGGUGGAAAAUGUGAUAUUGAUAAGAACGUUAAGAUUUUUUUGCAAAAGGUAAAAAAAAUAUGUAUAUUGGGAAGAGGCAUCCGAUGUUUUCGGCAAUAUGUGUAAAGCAGAUGCUUUACUUUGAAACAAUCAACAGGUUAUUGAAAUAGGGGUGAGUUCUAUCCAUUAUAUUUCUAUGGUUUUAAACUAGGGACAGACCAUGUGUGCUCUCAGAUAGGGAGCCAGUGAAUGAGAGAGACAUUUUUUAUUUUUUCAGUCCAUGUUUAUUCCGGAAUGUAAAAGACAAUUCUUUUUGCCCAUAAAGGAGAGAAAACAAAUAUAUUUUUCAGAGGAAUAAGACAAUAAAUAAAUGCACAAUAUAAAUGAAUAAAAUCCCCCCCCCCCCCCCAAAAAAAAAAAUAUGUUUGGUGUGUCAAAUUCCUAAAGUCUGAUACAAUAUUAACUAGAGUUUCUUCUAGAUUAAAGCAGUAAAUAUGCAUGCUAAAUUUCAAUUGCUUCUAUAAAUAAGUUAUUCACAGUAAAGCAAUAUCAAUGUAGUUGUGAUAUAAAAUAUUGCAAAAUCUACAGUAGAGAUUUUAGGUCAGAAAAAAAUCCACAUACUUUCAAAGAGAACCGUACAAAGCAAAAAGCACAGCCAAUCUAUGUCUACAGCUUUUUAAAUGUUCUGUUCAGUCUUAAAAUACUUCAGUAUUGCAAAGCUUUGUGGUCACACACACAGUUCAUAUGGUUCAGUACCCUAGGUGCAGGCUCACCCAGUGUAGUACCAACACUUGCGUCACCGCUAUGCACCGUGCCUACAGACAGGUCAACUAAACUGUUUCUCCUACAACACUGACUGAGUAGUUCAGGGGUAAAGAAUCUUGUUUACAAUCAAUAUAACGAUACGCCUGGUUGGCAACAUGCAGAGAUAGGCACAACAGAUAUAUAUAUAUAUAUGGGAGACUCCAUAACUGCAACCCCUGGUCAGGUCUCUAGUUCUAGCAAAGCUAAACGCACUCAAGACGAGAGAUGCUCAGUUCUGGCCCUUGAGGCCAGUUACACUGCUGAUGAUUAAUUUCCCCCCUCUUUUCAACUGGCACAUCAUACAGUGUAUAUGAAAGACUAUAGGGAAUACUUCCUAAAGGAGACAGACAUGUCCUGCAGAGGUAACUGUGCUGUGAUUAUCAGCCCUAUUAUUAAAAAUGGUAACAGGCCUGCCCUGAAGCCUACCGUAGGAGCCCUCAGCUCAAUUCUGGACACACACACACACACACAGCCAACACCCAUCAGCCAGAGACCGACCAGAGAGAAAGAGAGGAAUUCAAAUGGAACGACAGUGCCAAUAAACGCUGGCUGUGCUCGCAGCAGGAGCUGUUUUUCCAGUCUCUGUCCCUCUCUUUCUCUCCCUCGCUGUUGUCUGUUCCCCUCAUACCUGCCAAAAGAAGGUUAUUAACACACACACACACACACACACACACACACACACAAAAAAGCAUAGACUAGACUGAAUAACUAUAAAACCUAUGGACCUGCUAUAGGCAAAGGGGGAAAUGUGCAGGUCAAAAUCACUCUCACACAUAUCACACACAGAGCUCUGCAUAGCACUGUGGCACACGCGGUAAUUGCAGAGUGGGAGAGACUGCCGAGAAAAGCUAAUACAAUCACCAAAACACUAUUAAGACAACAGACUGGCCUAAAGUGCCUGAAUACGUGGCAGACAGACAUGAUUUACUGCCUGGGUCUGCCUUUUACAGCCACUGACAGAGAGACAGACUCCUAUGGUCUCUCUCUCUCUCACACACACACAUACACACACAAAGAAGCUACACACACACACACUUCUAAGCAUUGCUUGGUGGGAGAGAGGAAUCAGCUGGCUGGAAAAACCCAGUCCUACUGGGCAGUUCACACAGACACGCACGUGCACACACAGUGAAAAUAAAAGUGUGGCUUUAAGCCAGUGUAACAGCAUUGAAAGGGUUGAAAUAAUGUACAGUCACACACUAAUAUAAUUUUGAGAUGGUUCGCCCGUUGAGAGCAUGAUGAUAUAUGACAGUACUAAAACACAUCAAGUCACGUGACACAGGAGAACGCAGCCUCAUCAAGUCAAGAGUGGAGGAUGAAAACAGACAAGAUUAGAGAGUAGGUAGCAUAUAACGAGAGAAAAGGACAGGAAGAAAGGUGAAAAGAGAUAAAUCAAGAGACGGGCAGAUUUGAUUUAUUAUAGCAGAGAGGUAACGCCUUCGUGUUGGCAUUGUGAUAUUUGUUGGUGCAGUAGUUGUCGUUAUUGCCUGGGUCUCAGGCUGAAUACCUGUGCCAACACUUAGCCCUCAUCCAUGCCCUUUCCUGGGGCCUUCAUACCCCUUGCACCCCCUCUGUCAGAUCACCAGGGUUGGGUUCAGGGCCUUUUCACUUGCACUGUACCACAUGAGUCUUAAGGGGAUGAAUUGAAAUUAGAUUCAUUGCUUGAUGAAAAUUGCUGAUUUAUUAUUACAUACUUCUGGCUUUUAAAUUCCUGAAUUGACCGACUCAAAAUAGAAUUGACUCCAACCCUGGAGUCCACAACAUCUCUGAGAUAAUUCAACAUGGCUACUCUCCUGAAUCUUUCUGUUUUGGGAAUUCAUUUCUAAUGGCAGCUUAUUAAGCGGUAUUAAAGUGUCGGUUGGUUUA